AUGCCGGAAAAUGCUCUUGCAAAAGGAAAUUCAUUACUGAUUCAGAGCAUGACAUAUGAACUUUCUAGUACUUCAGGCCGACAAACGAACGCUGCUUUGGCCAAUGUUAUGCCAAGUGAUGAAAACUCUGGAAAUAAAUGCCCGCGUAAUGUAUCUGUACAGACGGGGGAAGAAUUUUCACCUGAGUUUCUGAAGGAUCGUCUUACACCAAGAAGAAUACAUCUAAGGAAUGAUCUCGAUCAAAGUCCAACAAAUAAAGCAUGUUCUGACGUUGUACCGAAUCACCAUCUUCUGUAUGAAGAUCUAACAGGAGUUCUUGGAACAAAGAACACGGAUUCAGGGCGUUGUACGGAGUUUGCAGAUUUUUCUUCUAGUAAAGGAUAUGGAUUAGAUGUGGAUAAUAAGACUUAUUUGGAUGUUACAAGUAGAUAUUGCCGGGAAUAUAAGGCCAGUGGACAACAACAAGCAAAGUUCUCGGAUGACUUUUACUCUGAUAGAGGUGGCACCAUUCCAACUGGUCGGACUAUUCAUGCAUCUGACUGUCCUAAUGCAUUUCAGGCUUAUAAUCGAGCAUCAGGAGUUCUGGACGGUUCCUUUACUGGAAAGAUGAAAUUCCUCUGCAGCUUCGGGGGAAAAAUAUUACCUAGACCAAAUGAUGGGAAACUUAGAUAUGUUGGCGGAGAGACGAGAAUUAUAUCCAUCAGACAGAACCUAACUUAUUGUGAGCUUGUGAAAAAGACUACUGCAAUUUGCAAUCACCCUCAUACAAUCAAGUACCAGCUUCCCUGUGAAGACCUUGAUGCACUUAUAUCUGUGUCUUCCGAUGAAGAUCUUCAACAUAUGAUAGAGGAAUAUCAUGAUUUAGAAAGAAGUUCACAGAGACUAAGAUUAUUUCUUGAUUCUUCUUUUGAUUCUGAGAGCCCAUGUUCAUUGGAAGCAAGGACGUUACAACAAAGUGAUGUUGAUUAUCAAUAUGUUGUAGCAGUUAAUGGCAUGCUUGAUCCAAGUCAUCGGAGGAGCUCUAGCAGGGAAAGUUACUUGGAUAGUAGUCCAACUCUGCAAAGGGACUCCCCUACUUCACUUCCCAUGUUAGAGAAAUGGAAUGGAAGCAAUAACUUAAACAACAAGUCGAUGUUUUCAAGUCCCAAUACUCACCUUCCUAAUGCACCUCCACUGUCUGAAGUACCAGGUUAUUAUCAUAAUUAUCAUGUUGAUACCAUGCAAGUGAUCAGUAGCCAGCAGCCGAAUAGCCACCUGAUAGAAUCCAAUCCAACUCGUGCAGUGCAUUCUCACUUUCGUAGCCGCAGUAAAGAUUUUGAUUCUUCUUUUCUUUUUGAUCAUGGUGGUUUUGACUCCAGGAAAAAGUUACAUUCUUCUCAAGAUACAGUUAGUUUGUCUCCUGCCUAUGAUGUUCAAGCUACACCUUAUCAGAGAAUACCUUAUUUGCCCCCUGAAUCACAAAUGAAGAACAAAGAGAGGUCUGUUCUCUCUUUAGAAGAAGUUACAGACACAUCUUCAUUGAAUCUUGUUACCGAAAAAUUGCCUUCCCUUGCAAUUUCCAAUUUGUUGCAAGGAGGGAUAAUGCGUCAGCAACAGAUAACAGAUGAAAAAUAUCAAUUUUCUACGAAUGAGGAUCAGUCCUGUAUGGAAGUUCCGAAUAUUAAGGAAUAUACCAAAUACGGUCAAGAUACAAUAAUGUUGUUGGAGGAAGCAGAUACUUCUUCAGAUCAAGGUAGGAAGAAUAAUGACAUUAGCAAUAAUUAUAUAGCAAAUGCCAAUGUUGUGGAAUGCAAGAUAAAUUUGCCAAAAAUUUUGUGUCAACCAGACUCAAACCCCAGUUUUCAUGCCUCAGAAUCAAAACCACAACUCCAUGAAGGCAAUAGUUCUUCUUUACUUACCAACGCUGAGGAAAAUUCUAAAAAAAACUGGAAAGAGGAAACUGGAACUUACCAAGUAAGUCCAAUUGCUUGUGACUUUCUUGUCAAGAACCCAACAACAAUUAACAAUCAGAAGAACAGUAUUCUUAACAAAAUUAACAGUAAAGCUGCCUUUUACGGAUCUUGUGGGACUAAAAAUGUCAGGCCUGAGGGAAUGGUUGACCAACUACCAGUUCAAGGAUAUGAAUCUAGUUUGGCUGAGAACUUGAUUGAUCCUCUUGUUACUGACUUUUCAUUGGUAAAAAAUACCACAAAAGAUGCUUUACGUAGAGAGGCCUCUGUUCACGAGGGAACAGUGUAUGAUUUCCAUCGAAGAGGUGAUCUUCCUGGGAGGCUCAUAGAUGGAACCUCUGUCCAUUCUCGAACCCGAGAUAAUUGUCAAGGAAAUGGUGAAACAGAAUUGCCUCUGAUUGUUGAAGAUGUCACUGACAAUGUGCCUCCCAAUGUCCCCUCCUCCUCGACAGCUAUCCCUCAUGUGCAAGAUGAAACAACUGAUGUGAGCAUAUCCUAUGGUGAAGAAACACAAUCUGGGAGUUUUGUUCCGGAAUCUGAUUCUGAUGAUGAUAAAGGUGCCAAAGAUGAUAAAGGUGAAUCCAUAAGUGAUGCUGCAAUUAUUGAAAUGGAAGCUGGCAUAUACGGUUUGCAGAUCAUAAAGAAUUCUGAUCUUGAAGACAUGCAAGAGUUGGGAUCUGGUACAUUUGGAACUGUAUUUCAUGGAAAGUGGAGGGGAACUGAUGUUGCCAUCAAGAGAAUAAAAAAGAGCUGUUUUGCUGGGAGAUUAUCUGAACAAGAAAAACUGACUAAAGAUUUUUGGAGAGAGGCUCAUAUUCUUUCCAAUCUUCACCAUCCAAAUAUAGUAGCAUUCUAUGGGGUAGUUCCUGAUGGAUUGGGGGGAACAUUGGCAACAGUGACUGAGUACAUGGCCAAUGGAUCAUUAAGGCAUGUCCUUUUAAGGAAGGAUCGGUCUCUUGAUCGCCGUAAAAAAGUUAUAAUUGCACUGGAUGCUGCUUUUGGCAUGGAGUACUUGCAUUUGAAAAAUAUAGUUCACUUUGAUUUAAAGUGUGACAACUUGCUAGUCAACUUGGGAGAUCCGCAACGGCCAGUAUGCAAGGUGGGUGAUUUUGGACUUUCAAGAAUCAAAAGAAAUACUCUAGUUUCUGGUGGUGUACGGGGAACGCUUCCAUGGAUGGCUCCAGAGCUAUUGAACGGAAACAGUAGUCGGGUUUCUGAAAAAGUUGAUGUUUUCUCAUUUGGCAUUUCCAUGUGGGAGAUAUGGACCGGAGAGGAGCCAUAUGCAGAUAUGCACUGUGGUGCCAUCAUAGGUGGGAUUGUAAAUAACACAUUAAGGCCACCUAUCCCAGGAUCUUGUGAUUCAGAGUGGAGAAAGUUGAUGGAAGAGUGCUGGUCACACGAUCCAGCAGCAAGGCCAUCGUUCACAGAGAUCACAAACAGGCUGCGAAAUAUGUCUGUGGCACUCCCAUCAAAGAGAUACAAUAGAGUAAAAAGAUGA